CUCUCUUUCUUUCCGUCUCUCACUCUCUCUCUCUCCCCCCCCCCUCUCUUUCUUUCUCUCUCUAUCCUCACCCGGUCACUAUUUUAUCUGCCAGUUUUCGACCCGGCCCAACCCGAACCCGAAACUUGCCAUGUCCGCAAUUGCCACCGCUGCUGCUCUAUCUCUUCCUAUCUCUCUGUCCUGUGCGAGCAAGUUCAGCAACAAAAGGUGUGUAAGAGGAGGGUUUGGUGUAUUUGCUGUCCUUGGUGAGGAAGGAGGAUUGGUCGAAAGGAAAAACACUUGGACGAUAUUUAAUGUAGAAGAUCCUCGUUCGAAGGUCCCACAGUACAAAAACAAGUUUCUAGAUGCGAAUCAAGCUCUAGAGGUAGCUAGAUACGACUUGCAGUACUGUGAUUGGAAGGCUCGUCAAGAUGUUCUCACCAUCAUGCAUCUUCACGAAAAGGUUGUGGAAGUAUUAAACCCUCUCGCUCGUGAAUUCAAAUCAAUAGAUACUCUUAGAAAGGAACUCGCUGAAUUACAAGAGGAACUCUCACUAGCCCAUAAUCAGGUACAUAUAUCGGAAGCAAGGGUGUCAACUGCAUUGGACAAGCUAGCUUACAUGGAAACAUUAAUUAACGAAAAAAUAGUACAAGAAAGAAACACAACGGAUGCUGAGCUGUCACUAGCAACUCCAAGUACUUCCACAGAAUCUCUCGAAACUGUGAAAAACAGACAGCCCAAAAGAAACCUCAACGUGUCUGGUCCCGUAAAACCUUAUGAUGCCGGUUUGAAAAACUUCUGGUACCCCGUCGCUUUUUCUGCAGACCUCAAAAAUGAUACAAUGAUACCUUUAGAUUGCUUCGAAAAACCAUGGGUUAUUUUCCGAGGGAAGGAUGGAAAACCAGGGUGCGUUCGUAAUACUUGUGCCCAUAGAGCCUGUCCACUUGACUUGGGCACAGUCAACGAGGGUCGAAUACAGUGUCCUUAUCAUGGGUGGGAAUAUUCGACAGAUGGAAAAUGCGAGAAAAUGCCGUCAACUAAGUUUGUUAAUGUGAAGAUCAAAGCAUUGCCAUGCUUUGAGCAAGAGGGCAUGAUUUGGAUUUGGCCCGGCGAUGAUCCUCCUACAGCAAAUAUUCCUUCGUUAUUACCACCAUCUGGAUUUCAAAUACAUGCGGAGAUUGUUAUGGAACUCCCUGUCGAACAUGGCUUACUGCUAGACAACCUUUUGGAUCUUGCACAUGCUCCUUUCACCCAUACUUCAACUUUUGCUAAGGGAUGGAGUGUUCCCAGUUUGGUGAAAUUUUUGACACCGCAAUCUGGUUUGGAAGGAUACUGGGACCCGUACCCAAUAGACAUGGAAUUCAAACCACCUUGUAUAGUACUAUCCACAAUCGGAAUAUCGAAGCCCGGAAAAUUAGAAGGUCAGAGCACAAAGGAGUGCACAACACAUCUUCACCAGCUCCAUGUUUGUUUGCCUUCAUCCAGACAGAAAACGAGGUUGUUGUACAGAAUGUCUCUCGACUUUGCUCCGAUACUCAAGCACGUCCCCUUCAUGGAAUAUCUGUGGAGACAUUUCGCAGAAAAGGUUUUGAAUGAGGAUCUAAGGCUUGUGCUCGGGCAACAACAGAGAAUGAUAGACGGGGAAAAUGUGUGGAACUGGCCAGUGUCGUACGAUAAGCUUGGUGUAAGGUACAGGCAAUGGAGAGAUUCAGUGGAUCGAGGCUCUAAAAGAUUACCCUUCACCAAAUCACCGUAGAUUCAAAUCGAUUUUUUUUUCUCCGAUUGCUUCUUCAGUUCUUCCUCCUUCUUUAACCAUCAGAUUUUACGAUAAUGCCCUCCAAGCAGAAGAUGAUGAACUACUUAAAGUUCGAUUAUUUGAAAAAAAAUUACCGAAACGGAGCUCUGCUAGAACCGAAUUGAUCCAGAGAAAAAUGAAGUGAAAGAGGGACUUAGUUAUCACUCUUAUCAGCCUUUGUAAAAAGUAAGAGAAGUGAAAAUGUACACUUGUGUGUUUAUAGGAUUUUUCUUCUUUUUUUUAA